AUGCGGCUGGUUUCCGCAUUGGCGGUCCUGGCCGCUGCGCUCCCCCUCUACGUGGAAUGCUCACGACUCACUCCUCCUGUACUCCCUCUGAUCGUGCGAAACCCGUAUCUCAGCACCUGGCUAGCUAACGCAAGAGACGUACCUUGGGAGAAAUGGCCCAUGUUUUGGACCGGCCAGGAGAUUGGUUUCUCCAUCCUCGCCAGUGUCCCAGAGACGAGGACCGCAUACCCCUUGCUCGGAAGACCUCAGGACUCGCUGCGGAAGGAGGGUGACAACUAUACUGUAUCCUCGCCAAUCUACCAUGGAGCUGUGUAUGAUGCCUCCACUACAAAUCUGUCCUACUCCCUACCGCUGCCUUCACUAUAUCCGGAGUCCAGCUACAUUGACCUCACGAUCUCCUUUCUGUCUCCUAUAACUCCCACUUCGACUGUCAGACAGUCUAUCCCUGCGAGCUAUGUCACUGUCUACGUCUCGGGUAAUGUGCCUGUGGAUAUCUACAUGGACCUCAAUGGCCAAUGGGUCAGUGGUAACCGGGGAAGCAAGAUCGUGUGGGGGCUUGAUCAUACAGCAUUAGAGGGAAUAUCCCGCGGUUUCAAGACAUGGAAGGUCCAAAGGGCAGUACAGCAGCUGUUCACCGAGUUUCAAGAUAGAGCUGAAUGGGGUACUCUCUACUUCUCUGCGCCUUCCGACGUGCGACAUGAGGCCGGUGUGUCGGCUCGGUUGAGGCAGAAAUUUGCUCGGAGUGGGACUUUGGGAGACAGGAUCGACCACGACUUUCGGUCGAUUAUGGACGAGGAGCCUGUCUUCGCAUUCUCCAAGUCUUUUGAACUGAACAGCACCCGAUCCACGGAACAGAGUAUCACCUUUACGAUCGCUCACAUCCAGGACCCUGUUGUUCAGUUUGCUGCCGCGCGAGGGCUUACUUACAUGCGUCCUCUGUGGGAAUCAUAUUUCCCGACUGUCCAAGAGGUGCUCACCUUCCACUACCUCGAUUUCAAACAUGCCAGCCAAUUGGCCGCAAACUAUUCUGCGCAAUUGGCUAUUGACGCCUACAAGUCUGGUGCGGAGGAUUACGUCGACAUCGUUGCUCUCUCUGCUCGGCAAGUCCUGGGCGCCACAAGCUUUUCAGGCACACCGGAUGAUCCGAUUCUCUUUUUGAAGGAAAUCUCUUCAAACGGAAACUUUCAGACUAUUGACGUUAUAUUCCCCGCAUUUCCGUUCUUUCUGUACACGAAUGCGCGAUGGCUUGGAUAUCUCCUGGAGCCGCUCAUUGAGCACAUGCUGAGCGGACAAUAUCCAAACAAAUAUGCAAUGCAUGACCUUGGAUUUCAUUUUCCAAAUGCCACUGGGCACCCAUUGGGACAAGACGAGUACAUGCCGGUCGAGGAGUGUGGAAAUAUCCUCAUCAUGGGAUUGGCACUGGCUAACGCCCUGAAGAAUGACGCGGGCUGGACUGCGUCAUCCACAUGGCAACCGAUGGGUGGAGUUCCUACGCCAAUCCCUUCGUCAGAUAGCCUUGCUCCUUUGUCGGUGGGCAGGGAAGACGGCAUCCUAUACAUUGACGAUGCGUGGGUUGGCCAGCCGGAAAGCCUGAAGAGAGCCGAGAAGUGGGUUCGCAGGAGCUAUCGGUUAUGGAAGCAAUGGACAAGCUACCUGGUUGAGUUUUCUCUGCUACCUCACAAUCAGCUCUCUACCGACGACUUUGCUGGCUGGCUGGCUUUACAGACAAACUUGGCUCUCAAAGGCAUCAUUGGCAUCAAGGCCAUGGCUGGCCUCGCCGAACUCACGGGCAACUAUGAAGAUGCGAAGGUUUUCAACAAUAUCUCGAAAGUAUACAUUGACAAGUGGGAAGAAUUUGGUAUUUCUCGCGACAAGACACAUGCUAAGGUCGCGUACAAUUGGUAUGGUUCCUGGACUACGACGUACAAUCUGUAUGCGGACAGUUUACUAUGUUUCCACUUGGGAUCAGCCAACUCAUCGGAAAUGACCUCCAUUGCUGGACGUUAUGAGUACCAAAAACCCCUCAAGGAUUCCAUCGCAGGAGACAAGGAUGGAUUCGUGCCGAAACACAUAUACCAGAUGCAAAGCGAUUGGUACUAUGCCGUCCGGCAGAAAUAUGGUCUGCCUCUCGACUCGCGACAUCUAUACACCAAGACCGACUGGGAAUUCUUUGCCAUGGCCGUUGCGGCCCCCAAAGUCCGAGCCAAUAUCUUGCAAUCUGUCGCCAAGUGGGUGAAUGAGACGGUUACUGACCGACCAUUUACCGACCUGCACUCGACGGAAGGAAGGGGAGAGUUCCCGGGACCAAACUUUUUUGCGAGACCUGUGGUUGGAGGACAUUUUGCAUUUUUGACACUGGGACAAGCGUGCAAGGGCAGGGCUAUGGAGGGUCUGAAGUACCUGAAUGACGAUGUGACGAAAAAGAUGGACGUGCAGGGCAUAUUGGAUGCGGAACGAGCUGAGGCUGGAUGGCAACUCGAGCUGUAG